AUGUCCGAAAUUUAUUUAGUUACUGGUGGUACAGGGUACGUGGGUGCCUUUACUGUGUUAGAAUUAUUAGAACAAGGUCAUAAAGUUAAAACCACUAUUCGUAAUCUUGGUAAAGAAAGUCAAUUCCGUGAAUCCUUAUAUGAAUCAUCACCAAAAUUAACCAAAGCUAUUGUGGAUGAAAAUUUAACGGUUUUACAAGCUGAUUUAUUAGAUGAUAAAGGAUGGGAAGAAGCUUUUAAAGAUGUCACUUAUGUUUUACAUGUUGCUUCUCCAUUCCCAUCUUCUAAACCUUCUGAUCCUCAAGUUUUAAUUAAACCAGCUGUAGAAGGUACAUUAAGAAUUUUAAAAUUUGCGGCCAAAUCUCCAUUAGUUAAACAUGUGGUAAUUACAUCAUCAUUCGCUGCUAUUGGAUUUGGAUUCCCUGAUGAUAGAACAGAACCAUAUUCCGAAAAGGAUUGGUCCAUUGUUGAAAAAACCGAUUUUAGUCCUUAUAUUCAACUGAAAACUUUAGCUGAAAAAUCCGCCUGGGAUUUCGUUAAAGAUCCUGCUAAUAACGUUAAAUUCGGGUUAACUACCAUUAAUCCAGCUUUAAUCAUUGGUGCAUCAUUAAAGGGUCAAGUUACUGAUUCCACUUCAUUAUUAAGAAUUAAAAAUUUAGUCGAUGGAACAUAUAAGGAUAAAGGUAUUGCCCCAUCUCUGACUCAUUUGGUUAAUGUGAAAGAUGUGGUUAAAUUACAUCUUGAAUCAUUAACUAAUCCAAAAGCUAAUGGAGAAAGAUUCUUAACUCAUAGUGGACCUAAUCUUUCGUUUUAUGAAGCUGCUCAAAUUUUAAAGAAAUCAAAUAUAAGUGAAGAUUUAAAGAAGAAUUUACCAAUUAAGGAAUUAGAAGGAUCAGAACCUUUGAAACCUUGUGAUAUUUCCAAAGCUAAGAGUGUUUUCAAUUGGACUCCAAUUCCAAAUGAAGUAUCAUUAGUAGAAACCAUUGAAGGAUUAAUUGCUGAUGGACAAUUAUAA